GCGCGCGCCGCACCUCACCUUGCCUCGCCACCGCGCGCCUUUGGGAACUCGCAUCCUCUCCCGUCCCCCUGCUCAUCCAUGGGCCCGUCUGUCUUCCGGACCACGCGAACCGGUGGAGCGCCUUCUGGAGCGCAGGGCUUGGCAGCCGACCUGCCCUUGGCUCUGCCUCCAGUAACGCCAAGUGGGCGGAGGACCCGGCGCUGGGCACCCGCGGCUGUGUAAGGAACCGAGGCAGCACACUGCUGGAGGCGGGAACAAGCAAAAGAAGAGGCAGGCGGGCCAAGGACAGCCACCAUGUCCUUCCCGCCCUUUGGACACCCCUAUGGCAGCGCUUCCCAGUUUCUGGUGUCUGCAAGUUCCAGCGCCACUUGCUGCGAAUCCGCCCCGCGCUCAAUCCCAGAUGUGGCCUCAGGCUCCACCCCAGCGGCGGCUCUCUGCUUAGCACCCUAUGACAGCCGGCUGCUGGGCAGUGCCCGGCCCGAGCUGGGCACAGCGUUGGGCAUCUAUGGAGCCCCCUACGCGGCUGCUGCAGCUGCGCAGAGCUACCCGGGGUACCUGCCCUACAGCCCAGAGCCGCCCGCGCUGUACGGGGCACUGAAUCCUCAGUAUGAAUUUAAGGAGACUGCAGGGAACUUCACACCCGGCCUGUCACAACCAGGAGCCUAUUAUCCCUACGAGCCAACUCUGGGGCAAUACCCAUAUGACCGGUACGGAGCCAUGGAGUUGAGUGGCACUGGGCGCCGGAAGAACGCCACCCGGGAAACCACGAGCACGCUCAAGGCCUGGCUCAACGAGCACCGCAAGAACCCCUACCCCACCAAGGGCGAGAAGAUCAUGCUGGCCAUCAUCACCAAGAUGACCCUCACCCAGGUGUCCACCUGGUUCGCCAACGCGCGCCGGCGCCUCAAGAAGGAGAACAAGAUGACGUGGGCGCCCAAGAGCAAAGGCGGGGAGGAGAGGAAGGCAGAGGGUGGAGUGGAAGAAUCCCUGGGCUGCCUAAACGGUGAUACCAAAGACAUUGCUGCCAGCGGAGAAGCGGGGGUGCUCGGGCUGAGUGACCUGGAAGACCUGGAGGAAGACGAGGAGGAGGCAGAGGAGGAAGACCCAGAGGAGGCAGUGGCCACAGCUGCGGACAGGCUGGCUGAGUUCCCCAAGAACACGCUGUCGCGGCCAGCUCGAGUGGGCCGGCUGGAGCCCAGGGAGUGCGGCCUGGCGGCUCCCCGCUCCUCAUUCAAUGAGCCCCCGGGGUCCAGAGAAGCUGACUUCCUCCGGGGGGAGCCAGAGGGCCCCGCAUUGACCAUGCAUUACCCAUGCAGCCAGAAACCACGCAUCUGGUCUCUGGCGCACACUGCGGCGGCAGCCAGCACACUGGAGGGUGCACCUCUAACCCCUCCCAGGCCACAAAGUCCUGAGUGCCAUCUGAUUCCUGGACAGCCGGCAGGCUCAGGAGGGCGACCCGUGGCCCCCAGAAACUCCGCCUGUGAGGAGUCUUCCCGCGUAGCCAAAGCCUCCGGAAAGCCCGCAUUUGCGCUGCAGGGGCUGCCCCUGAGCUUCGCUCCGAGCCUGCGGCGGAGGGAGCCAGCAGUGCAGUGCCAGUACCCAUCUGGAGCAGAAGCAGGUUAGCGCAAUGGUGCGAUUUGUGGAAGCAUCUCGGAAAUAAGCCCUACUUUUCCAACUCACCUUCACUCUUAAGAAGCUGGGAGACCUCACCAGGAACUAGGGGCUCUCACCCCGCUUCGGAGAUGGACAGACACCCAGACACCCUCCUGCAGGCUCUCCUUGCACGCAGAGUGGCUGGCAGAGGGGGACGUCCUAUCAGAUCCCGGAGAAAGUGGCCGGGCACCUUGGGGAAGGCCGGGGAGCCCGCGCCCCCUCCUCUGGAUUCAGGGUCUGAAGCUGCUCCCUCGCCUGGUCCCCUCGGCCCCCUCACUUUGUAACUCCCACGAGGACCUGGCCCCUAAGGAUCGCCUUCGUCUCCUCCCCCCGUCCCACCCCUUGC